AGGCGGUGGCGCAGUGCUCGUCGGGAAGGCGGCGGGCUAUCCGGUCCUCGGCUGCAGCUGGCACCAUGGUCGGUGGCGAGGCGGCCGCCGCAGUGGAGGAGCUGGUCUCGGGGGUGCGGCAGGCGGCCGACUUCGCGGAGCAGUUCCGCUCCUACUCAGAGAGCGAGAAGCAAUGGAAGGCCCGCAUGGAAUUCAUCCUGCGCCACCUGCCCGACUACCGCGACCCGCCUGAUGGCGGUGGCCGCCUGGACCAGUUGCUGUCCCUCUCCAUGGUUUGGGCCAACCACCUCUUCCUGGGCUGCAGUUACAAUAAAGACCUUUUAGACAAGGUGAUGGAAAUGGCUGAUGGGAUUGAAGUGGAAGACCUGCCACAAUUUACUACCAGAAGUGAAUUAAUGAAAAAGCAUCAAAGCUAAGCCAGAAGAUUUAUCACAUUUCCAUCAUCAGCUACAGGAUUAGAAAGGAGGCUGGGAUGAAUGUGACAUAGACCACAGCAGCUCUCUUAAGACUCCUGGUAUUACCAACAUAAAGAGGGAGGUGGAAUGAGAAGGACUCUGUCUAGAUUGGCUUUUUUAACAUUCUCAUUUUUCCAGUAGUUAUCACUGUAAAAGUAUGCAUGAAUAUUUAUGUAUUUAUAAAUCAUGCACUCUAAGAUGACUUCAUCAACAUUGUAAAAGCC